AUGGUCCAGGUUCGAGCCGACGAGUUUGCCAAGCUGGGCGCCAGCCACGGAAUGGCCGCGAGGCUGCCCCGCCGCCCGCCCGCCGGCGCGCUCGUGCUCGCGCGGGACCCGCCGGCGCGCGCCCCCCGCCUGCGGGCGGUGCCGCGGCCGGGGCAGCUGCUGCAGGGGCCGGCCGCGGCGGCCGCACCGCCGGCGCCGGCCUUCGCCUCCGCCGCGGCGCCGCUGGCGCCCGCGGCGGCGGCCGCGGCAGCGGACGUCGUGCUCGUGUACGAUCCCCUCUGCGACGCCGCGGCGCAGGUCCACGCGGCGGUGGAGUCGGAGAACGCGAUGGCGCCCAGGCGGGUGGCCUACUGCGCCGUGCCCUCCAGCGACCGCGCCGCCGUGGAGCGCCUGGCCUCCCACCGCGGGGUGGUGGAUCCUGCGCGGCUGCACAGGCCGCAGUCCGCCACCGCGGUGCUGCCCAGCGGCGCGGUAAUCGAGGACGCAGCUCGUCUGGGCAGGGCCGGCGCCCUCGGCCGGUGCAGCGCUGCCCCCCUCGGGAUGGCCGUGGCUGGCGGAGGCGGGCACACGCUGGGCUCGCUGGCCGCCGAGGCCGGCGGGGGCGCCGUGGAGCGCCGCCUCCUCGCGGCCGGCAUGGCGGCGGAGGCGGCCGCCGAGAAGCGCGCGAUGUUCGCGUCCGCGGCGCAGCGCCUGCUGGAAGAGGGCCUCGAUGGUGGGCGCGGCGCCACUGCCUUCUGGGUCCCGGGCCGGGUGGAGCUGUCGGGCAAGCACACGGACUACGGGGACUACGCGGGCGGCCGGUCGCUGCUCGCGGCGACCACCCGCGGCUUCGCGGUGGUCAGCGUCCCGAGAGCCGAUGACGUUUGCCGCAUCUUCACGACUUUCGGGCUCGGCCGGGAGAUGAGGGCGGCGGAGCUGCGCGUGUCGAGGGACCUGGAGCCCGAGCAGGGGCACUGGUCCGCGUACCCGGCCACCGUCAUCCGGCGGCUAGCGAGGAACUUCGGCGCCGCGUGCGGCGCCGACGUGGCCCUGGAGUGCGACCUGCCCCAGGCGAGCGGCAUGUCCACGUCGAGUGCGGUGAUCUGCUACAUGUGGAUGGUGCUGGCCGACGCCAACGGCAUCCGUGAGACCCCGACUUUCAGGGACAACCUCAGCACUGACGAGGAGCUUUAUUGA